GGGUGGUGUGGCAGUACUUGGUCGCGGAAGUCUUGUAAUUUACUUUUUAAUGGUACUACUCCAAUACUGUACUUAACCCUGACUCAGCUGGCUGCACAUGUUGUAUAAGGAUUAGGCUCAACGCUAACUUCGAGACGUCAACACUAAAAGAAGGCGGUUCUUCAUUGAGCCCUACAAAAUCCAAAGGCAAAAGAGACCAGACUAUUUUCUCUCAAGUCUGCAAAAACUUUCUGUUACAAACCCCCCGGGAAAAACUUUCUGCAGAAUGGAAAUAUCCAAAGCAGAUGACCUUUCGACUGAGCAGGCUGCCAAUUUACUAGGUUCACCUGGUCGAGACAAUCAGAUGAGACAGAGUGGACAGGUCCAUAAAAAGAGGUCGAAGAACCGCAUGGUAAUCGUUGCGGUACUGUUGCUCUGCUUGCUGAUGAUCACUGUCAUCGUGGUCGUAUUUGCCUUGAAGCAGCGCUGCGAUGUUAAAGUGACAAGCUGUAAAAACAGGUGUGUGAUGGGCAGCAGGGACAAGUCUGCAUCGUGCCACUGUGACCUGUCCUGUGAGAAAGAGGGAAACUGCUGUCUGGAUUACACUGAGGUGUGCGUGGAGCCUGGUCAGCGUUGGACCUGUUCCAGAUUCCGCUGUGGUGAGGAGAGGUUGGCCAAUGGCCUGUGCUCCUGCUCUGAUGACUGUGUGAAAGCAGGGGACUGCUGUGCAAAUUACUACAGCUCCUGCAAAGUGGGAGUGAAGUCUUGGAUAGAAGAGGAGUGUGAGGACAUUCAAACACCACAAUGUCCUGCCAGUUUUUCCAAACCCCCACUGAUCCUGGUGUCUAUGGAUGGCUUUCGGGCAGGUUAUUUAAAGGCCUAUGGCAGUCUUCUUCCAGUCAUCAGCAAAUUACGCAACUGUGGCACUUCUACCUCAUACAUGAGACCUGUCUACCCCACCAAGACCUUCCCCAACCACUACACCAUUGUGACUGGCCUCUAUCCAGAGUCCCAUGGGAUCGUUGACAACAAGAUGUAUGACGUGACCCGCAACGCCUCCUUCAGUUUGAAAGUUCCCGAAAAAUUCAAUGCCAAAUGGUACCAAGGAGAACCAGUUUGGUUCACUGCCAUGGACAAUAACCUGAAGUCAGCCACAUUCUUCUGGCCGGGCUCUGAUGUGGCAGUCAAUGGAAGAUUACCUGACUUCUAUAAGAAGUAUGACAAGAGCAUCUCAUUUGAGGAGAGAAUCUCAACCAUAUUUCAAUGGCUGAACUUGCCUCAAGGGGAAAGGCCAGAUUUUUACACUCUGUACAUGGAGGAACCAGACUCUGCCGGCCACCGAUACGGACCAAUGAGCAGCCAGGUGAUUGAGGCCCUGCUGAAUGUGGACAGGUUGUUAGGACUUCUAAUGGACGGCUUGAAACAGAAGAACCUUCACCGCUGUGUGAACCUGGUGCUUCUGUCUGACCACGGAAUGGAGGAAGCUUCCUGCAAAAAGGCUGCAUUUGUAAGCUCGUACCAGGACAACAUUGACGACUUCACCGUCAUCCAAGGCCCCGCUGCGCGAAUCCGACCCAAGAACCUCCCAGAAGACUUCUUCUCCUUUGACUAUGAAGGCCUGGUGAAGAAUCUGUCGUGCAGGAGCCCUGACCAGCCCAUGAGGCCCUACCUCAAAGAGCACCUUCCCAAACGGAUGCACUUUGCUAACAACGUGCGCAUUGAGAAGGCCCAUCUCUACAUGAAGCCUGGCUGGCAAGCAGCUCUACAACCUAAGGAAGUCAAGUACUGCACUGGUGGAUUCCACGGCUCGGAUAACGUCUUCAAAAACAUGCAGGCCAUUUUUAUCAGUUAUGGACCAGGGUUGAAAUACAAGACCCAAGUUGCACCUUUUGAAAACAUUGAAGUGUACAACCUCCUGUGUGAUUUGUUGGACGUUCCCCCUGCUCCGAACAACGGGACCCAUGGGAGUCUGAACCACCUCCUGAAGAACCCUCCCCACCGCCCCGUGUACCCAGCUGAGCUCUCCUCUAACUCCACCUGUGAGGCCAGUGGCCUUGCCCCCUCUGACCACCUGGGCUGUAGCUGCAGCACCCGCACCAAAGCAGCGGAGAAGACUAUGAACAGGCAACUCAUCAAAGACAAUUCCAUUUCCGGAACCAAGGCUCUUCACCUACCAUAUGGAAUCCCUCGAGUUCUCCAGGAGAAUUCAGAGUACUGUGUCCUGCACCACGCCGACUACAUCAACGGUUACAGCAAAGAUACUCUCAUGCCCUUAUGGGUCGCCUACACAAUUAACCCACUGAACAAUGUCCAGCCACUGAGUCCAGUAGCGGAGGCCUGUGUCCGUGCAGACGUCCGUGUUGCGCCGCUCUUCAGCCAGAACUGUGUCAGAUACAAGGACAACCCUGCGCUGUCCUACGGCCUGCUGCAUCCACCCAAUCUGGGUGCCAAUGGAACAGAGGCAGAGUCACUACUCACCAGCAACAUUGCGCCCAUGUACCCUGCUUUUAAAGCUGUUUGGACGUACUUCCAUGACGUCCUCCUGGUGAAAUAUUCCCAGCAACUGAAUGGGGUCAACGUUAUGAGUGGACCUAUCUUUGACCAGCACUACGACGGACACUUUGACACUCCUACAGUUAGCACACCACAACAUGAGGCUCCCAUCCCCACUCACUUCUAUGUGAUCCUGACCAGCUGUGGAAACUCUUCCUUCUCCCCCGCUGACUGCCAGGGUCCCCUGGAGACCACCUCCUUCACCCUCCCCCAUAGACCAGACCACACUGAGACCUGUGCUAAUGGCUCAGACUUCCAAUGGGUCCAGGAGUGGGCCCAGUUCCAUGCUUCCCGGGUCCGAGACAUAGAGCUCCUGACUGGACUCAGCUUCUACCACAACAGGAUAUCAGUGGAGGAAACGCUACAGCUCAAGACAUUUUUACAGACUUUCUAAGAUUUCAAGAAGUUGCCUCCGGCAGGUUUUAGUACCAUAUUUUUAUCGCUGUAAGGCCUUAUUACACAUAUGCAAGUAAAAAGACCAGGGCUAAAUGUGUAGCCUUGGAUCCCAUUAAAUUAAAAAAGGUGUAACACUUAUAUUUAAGUGCAUAAAGAGGGGAAAAAGCUGUACUGUUUAAGUGAGAAAUUGCCUGAAAGUCGCUUGAACCUCAAUCAUAGACUUUAAACCAGAAAGGCAUACACUGAAAGAAGCCAAGUUAUGAGACAUAAUAUAAUAGACCGUUGUCUGUUUGGACUUGAGCCAGAACACUGAACCAAAGAAGUCAUAAUUACAGUGCAUUUCGAAAGUAUUCAGACCCAUUUUCUUGUUACAGCCUUAUUCUAAAAUUGAUUAAAUAAAUACAUCUACACACAAUACCCCAUAAUGACAAAUAUAAAAAUGUUAUAGAAAAACUGAAAUAUGACAUUU